GACGCCCCGACCUCGAUCCCUUUAUCAUGUUUUAAGACUUUCUCGCUCUAGAGAUCUUCUGGAUUUUUUUUCCUUGUUUUUCUUUCGUGACCGUCAAGUUUAUUCCGUUUUCUGAUUCUGAUUAGAUCCCAUAUUCUUCUCUUCCAAGCUGCUUCUUCGUCGUCUUCUUCGUUUCUCUCUCUCUCUCUCUUAUCUGUAUAUGGUCUGUGCCCAGAACCGCCGUAGCAGUUGGAGGGAUUGUUUGAUCUGUAGGGAUUCAAAAUGGUUGAGAACGUGGACAUGGAUGUGGAUUGCGCCCAGAAAAUGCAGAGGUGUCAUGAGUACGUUGAAGCUCUGGAAGAAGAGCGGAAGAAGAUCCAUGUCUUUCAGCGAGAGCUUCCCUUGUGUUUGGAGCUCGUAACGCAUGCGAUCGAGGCGUGUCGGAGGGAGCUGUCAGGUACGUCUUCGGACAACAUGUACGGCCAGUCGGACUGUUCUGACCAGACGACGAGUGAGUGCGCUGGUACAGGUCCCGUGUUCGAGGAGUUUCUACCCAUCAAGAGGAUCUCGUCGUGCGGGGAAGACGGUGAACACGAAUCUCGUGAACCCGAGAACGAUGGAGAUCUGAAAAUUGCGAACAACACUGGGAAUGAUACAGAUAAGAAGAAAUCAGAUUGGCUUAGAUCCGUUCAGUUAUGGAACCAGUCGCCGGAUCCACCAUCAAAAGAGGCAGCGGAAACGACUUUGGUUGUGGAAGUGAAGCGAAACGGCGGUGCGUUUCAGCCAUUUCAGAAGGAGAAAAAACCUCUCCCGAAGAGUAAUAAGCAACCGGUGAAAACAACCAGUUCGCCUCCGGCACCGACGGCGUCGAGUUCCACGGCGGAAACCGGCGGCGGAAAACGGGUGUCUGAAAAAGUCGAAGAACAGCAGCAUCAAACGCAAACACAUAGGAAACAGCGGCGGUGCUGGUCGCCGGAGUUGCACCGGCGGUUCCUGAACGCGCUACAACAGCUCGGCGGAUCGAAUGCGGCUACGCCGAAGCAGAUUAGAGAGCUGAUGAAGGUCGAUGGGCUAACUAAUGAUGAAGUUAAGAGCCAUUUACAGAAAUAUAGACUUCACAAGAGAAGGCCGGCGACUCACGGCGGCGGAAACCCACAGCAACCGCAGCUCGUGGUGGUCGGAGGAAUCUGGCCGCUACCGCAGCCGCCGCCACCGGCGGACGCAACCGACGGAGUGAACGCGGCGGCGCAGCGUUCGUCGCCGUCACCUAAACGCUCGGAAGAUAGAAUCAUCAGCAGCCGCUGCAGCUCGCUGGCGACAUCUUCCUCUACACGCACGACCACAACUUCAUCACCUGUUUCAUAGUGUACUCCGACUCUUUGUGAUUGUUGGCCUUUAUACGAGUUAGUAUAAUUUUUUUUUAUUUUUCUUAUAGGUUAAAAAUUUUGAGUAAAUAAAUGCAGACAUCCAGCUGAUUAAACACA